CAGUGAAUCUUUGGGAGCUUCAGUGAAGGAGCGACGCCAUCCGGACGCGCUUUUGUUUGUGGAUGAACACUCUAUAACCCGUUUCGGAAAUGUGGACAAAAAUUGGGAAAUUAUUAUUUUUUCAUGUUUUAUUUUGGGAAUUAUACUACGCCAAAGGUAAUGAAACUGGCGCUGAAACGGAGUGCGAGGAUGGACAGUUUCAGUGCAACAAUAAGAGAUGUAUUCCCACCAUAUGGAGAUGCGAUGAUGAUGAUGACUGCUCGGAUAACAGCGACGAGGAGAACUGCUUGAAGAACACAUGCGCUCCCUCAGAGUUUGCGUGUGCGAAUGGUCAGUGUGUUCCUGGGCGCUGGCGGUGUGACGGAGAACCCGAGUGUCCGGACGGAUCGGAUGAGGCUGACGCCACCUGCACUGUCAAACAGACGUGUCCACCUGAGAAGUUUGACUGCGGAGGGAAGUGUGUGUCGCUGUCCUGGCGGUGUGACGGGGAAAGAGACUGCGAAAAUGGUGAAGAUGAAGCAGACUGUGCAGCAGAUGCCAGGUCCUGCUCAGCGGGGGAGUUCCAGUGUCGUAACCGCAAAUGUUUAGCACCGGUCUACGUGUGCGACGGCGAUGACGACUGUGGAGACGGCAGCGAUGAGGAGAAGUGCUCUCCUCCCACCUGUGGGCCGCUCGAGUUUCGCUGUAACAGCUCCGCGUGUGUGCCCCAGCCCUGGAUCUGCGACGGCGACCCUGACUGCGCUGACGGCUCUGACGAGUGGGCGGGGCGAUGUGGGGGCGGGUCUGGACGGCUGGCUCCGCCCCCCACCCGGAGGCUGCAGUGCGGUGCUGGAGAAUUUCGUUGCGGCAGCGGGGAGUGUGUGAAACUUGCCUGGAGAUGUGACAGGGACCCUGACUGCAAGGACAAGUCAGAUGAGGCCGACUGCCCUCUGCUCACAUGCCGGCCUGAUGAGUUCCAGUGUGGAGACGGAUCCUGCAUCCACGGCAUCAAGCAGUGCAACAAAAUACACGACUGCCUUGACAAGAGCGACGAGGCUGGCUGUGUCAAUGCCACAAAGUGUGAAGGACCUCUGAAGUUCCUCUGCAGGAAUGGAGAAUGCAUUGAUGGCAGCAAGGUGUGUGAUAAUGUAAAGGACUGCAAGGAUCGCUCGGACGAACCCAAGAAGGAGUGCAGUUUGAAUGAAUGUUUGCUUAACAAUGGAGGCUGCUCACACAUCUGUGUGGACCGUCCCAUCGGAUACGAGUGCCAGUGUCCUGCAGGAUAUAAGCUUCUGGACAAGAGGACAUGUGGAGAUAUCGAUGAGUGUGAGAACCCUGAUGCCUGCAGUCAGAUCUGCAUUAAUCUGAAAGGAGAUUUCAAGUGUGAAUGUCACCCGGGUUAUGAGAUGGACCCCGUUAGCAAGACCUGCAAAGCUGAAGGGAAAAGUCCUUACCUGAUGUUCACGAACAGGCACGAGAUCAGACGCAUUGACCUGGUGAAGAGGGACUACACACAAGUGGUUCCUACUCAGAAGAACGCAGUGGCCAUUGAUAUCGACGUCGCCGCCAACCGCAUGUACUGGUGUGACCGUUUUCAGCACAAAAUAUACAGUGCUUACAUCCACGAGGCGAGUGACCCGUCUCGACACGUUACUCUGAUCGACUCCCAUCUGCAUUCCCCUGAGGGUCUGGCACUGGACUGGGUCCAGCACAACCUCUACUGGACCGACUCGGGCGACAGAACCAUAUCUGUGGCUUCAGCGGAUGGCAGCAGGAGACGUGUGCUGAUCAGCACCGAUCUGAGCGAACCUCGAGCCAUCGCUGUGGAUCCUGAGAGAGGGUUCGUGUAUUGGUCUGACUGGGGCAUCAGGGCCAGGAUCGAGAAGGCUGGCAUGAACGGUGUAGAUCGGCAGGUGCUGGUGUCUGAGGACAUCGAGUGGCCCAAUGGAAUCACACUCGAUGUGGUUGGUAAGCGCUUGUACUGGGUGGACUCAAAACUGCACCUGAUCUGCAGCGUGGAUUUAAACGGGGUCCAUCGCAGAGUCAUCCUGUCCUCCAGCGAGAGACUCGGCCAUCCGUAUGCCCUCGCUGUCUUCGAGGAUCGCGUGUACUGGACGGACCGUGAGAAGGAGGCCGUCUACAGUGCAAACAGACUCACAGGACAGGAUGUGACCAGUCUUGCCGAGCACCUCAAUGACCCUCAUGACAUAGUGGUUUUCCACGAGCUGAGCCAGCCUGCGGCUCCUGACAGCUGUAACCUGAGUGGAGUGACUAACGGAGGCUGUGACUUCCUGUGUCUGCGAGCUCCGCAGAUCAGUGAACACUCACCCAAAUACACCUGCGCUUGCCCUGACGGUGAGGAGCUCAGUCCUGACACACGCCAGUGUGUGCCCGUUCAAAAUGAGACUGCUGUCACACCUACUGUCCCCAUCAACAUCACCCAUGAGACAGGGGCUGGCCGGGCUCCAGAGUCCCCUGCAGCAGUGACAUCUCAGUCCGACAGUGUGGCUGAAACCACUCUCUCAUCACUCCUCACCUCCAGCCCAGAGGACCCGGCUGUCUCCUCUAAUACUACAGCAGAGCACAGUCCUACACAAGUGUCCAGCACCACACCAGACAGCCUGAGCAACCUGUCUCAUCACUCUGGCAAUGAGUUGUUUCUUCUUGGCCGUAAUCUGACAGUGGCAGUGCUUGGAGUUGUGAUUCCCAUAGUUCCUAUUGUUGCCACAGUGGUCUUCGGAGUGGUGUGUGCCGGCGUUUACCUCGUUUACCGCAACUGGAGGACGAACAGCACCAAAAGCAUGAACUUCGACAACCCCGUUUACCGGAAAACCACAGGAGAGACGGAGGAGGAUGAGAUUCACAUCGGACGGACUGACGGGCUCGCUGGGCAUCAUCACCACCCUUACCCCGGGCCCAUGGUCGGCAUGACCCCAGUCGGCACAGGGACGUGCCCGCCAUUCAUCGCUCUGCCUCUGGGGACCGGUUUACCAGACCCUGCCACACACUGGUACACAGAGCAGCCCACCAUCUCGAGUACUAAGUGAAAGGGAGGACGACUCGAGAAAUACUGUGACUGCAGGAGCAGGACUGACACGUGGCUGCCAAGUUAUGCAGGAACUGAAUGGCAUUUAGCGAGCUGAGUCAUUCUUAACAUGCCUAGGUUUUGAAGUACGCUGGAGUGCAAACACUGGAUUGAUUGCUAAACUAAAGGUUUAGACAUUUCAGACCCAUAUUCAUUUAGGUCAAUUUUAUUGCUGGUUGGAAGACUUUUCAAUCCUGCAUUAUUUAUAUUUAUCUUAUAAUCACAGACAAAUCUAGCACUGUACCUGGCAUUGAGUUUACUACAUAAAUAUGGAACUGCUUAGUGUCAUGAUUUUAUUUAAUAAUGAUAAUAAAAUGUACAAACAGUGAGCCACAUUUCUAAAGUUGUUUACCUGUAUCAUAUUAUACAGUAUAACUCUUUUAUUUUAAUAAUCUUUGACUUUACAGACAUAAUAACACAAGAGAAGUUCAGAUGAAAUCAAAAUGGACUUAUUCAUUUUCCUGUGUUUGGUCAUACUGUGCACGUUUCAUCUGUGCAUAUGAUUCCAAAGAAAAAAAAUAUAUUAGAAAACUUGAUUCUGAAUUCUGAAACAACUUUUGUUUUUUUGGCUAAUGUCACAACUUUUUAUAUGAAGAUCGUACUUCAUGAUCAAUUCAAUUCCCAAUGCAUAAGAUCAAGUCAUGUUCAAAUUUCAUUUUUGAAAUAAUGGCUUUAUAAAAGUAAAAUUGGCUGCAAAUGUAAUUUCAUGUUGACUUUCACAGUAACUAAUACUAGGAUCUUUACAUUUUAACUUUUCAACUUAGAACGCACCCAACAAAGAACGAUAUCAAUACAAAAAUAUUCCCUAUAUUUCUUGAUAUGUUUUGUCGGUUUCAUCAGUAUUACCCAAUUUUUAUAGGUGUGUUUACUCCAUAGAGAGACAUUGUAUUUUCAUCACUCGCAUGCAAAAAAAAAAGUAAAAAAAAGCCAUUGUUCUUGAAUUCACACGACUGUCUGGUGAGUCUGAGGACGCGUCUCUGUGGGGCUCCACAGCACUGCAGCUAUGACUUGGCAAGACACUGAAACUGGCAGAGUACCGUGAUUAGUGGAGCAAACCCCAGCGUAAUCACUCUGAGACACAAAAGAUGUUACGAGGGUCAGCGCAAGUGCGUUACACAGCGGGGUCUCUUGUGCUUUACUGCGUUUCGCUAGACGUAAACCAGUGGUAAUUUAUGAAAUGUCACAGUUUCACACGUCUCUUUCUGUUAUUGGAGUUGUCGCAUGCCGCCCACUUACAGUUUAUUCACUUUCAUGUUGUUGUUUAUCUCCGGAGCGGAGAAAUGCGGUGAACAUUAGCUGAUAGUCACCCCAAGGGUCUAGCAUAGCUACAGACGCCGAGCAAAAGGUUGCAUAAGCACUAUGUUAACGUCUAAACACAUUAGAAUCACAUUAAUGUUGGGGGACUGGUAUAUGUGCAGACAGCCUUCUCAGCAGAUUCAGUGUCCAUGCCUCACUGUAAUAGAUGUACCAUCCUUUGAAGACGCUCUGAAGGCCUGUCAUUCCUAAUGCUGGACAUUUAUUUGUGCGGUCGUUUUUAACACGCGGUAUCUCUGCAUUCUUCUUUCAUGUGCUGUUUGUCUCAGGGAGAUGGUAUAGACUAGAGAGUGUGAGCAG